CAUUCUGGGAAAUCCCUGCUUGGAAGAGAAAAGUUAAAAUCAGAGUUUCUGUGCUUAUAAGUUUAUUCUGUGUAAUUCCCAUAGAGUCAACUCUGCUCGUUUUCAAUGAAAAAUCACCAUUGCUAUGUUCUAACACGAGUUAAUGGUGGACUGCGAGUUUCAAAUUUUAUAGGAUCAGUCUCACUGUAAAAGAUACCAUAAGAGAUUUUUUUCCUCCUUUUGCUUUUUGCUUCCCAAGACUUGCAGAGAAAAAGCUUCCAUGGCACAUUUGGAAGAAGGCACAAUUGGAACAAAUGUUGCUGUAAGUUCUACGGAGCAUGCAGAGCGUGCUCAAUCAUCAAGAAGGAAAAACUUGACAAGUCCUCUUGAAUAUAAAAUAAGGUGCCUAGAAAAACAGAGAAAAGAGCUCCUGGAAGUUAACCAGCAAUGGGAUCAGCAAUUUAGAAAUAUGAAAGAGUUAUAUGAAAGAAAGGUCACAGAACUGAAAACGAAACUAGUCGCCGCAGAAAGAGUCCGGGGCACCCUGGAGAGAGAGCGACUGCAGCGGGAGCGGCCACAGGGUCAGAGGGUGGAUGCCAGGCCUGCAGACCUGACCCGGGAUCCUCGGCUGGAGAAGGAACAGGCGAACCUAAAUGAAGAAAUACAGGAGUUGAAGAAAGAGAACAAGCUUUUGAAGGAAAAAAACGCUCUUGCCAAUAAGAAGAGGGAACAUUACGAAUGUGAAAUAAAACGCCUUAAUAAGGCCCUUCAGGAUGUCUUGAAGCUUGAGAGUUCUUCAUUUCCCGAGGACUGUUCUGGGAAAUCUAAAGUCCAGUGCAGCCAUGCGGAGAUGAUAACGGAAAUGGAAGUCCUCAAACAGCAGGUGCAAAUAUAUGAAGAAGACUUCAAAAAGGAGCGCUCAGAUCGAGAAAGACUUAAUCAGGAGAAAGAAGAGCUACAGCAAAUUAAUCAAACUUCUCAAUCCCAGUUGAACAGGCUGAGUUUUCAGAUAAAAGCUUGUCAAAUGGAGAAAGAAAAACUAGAAAGGCAACUAAAGCAGAUGUACCGCCCAGCCUGUACCUGCGGCUCACUUUUCCACCUCCCGGAUCCAUGGGAACCAGCAGGCACCAGGGCUACACAGGACCCACGAGAGCACCCACCAGACUAUCAGGGGCGUGCUCCUGACCAGCUUCCGCCAGAUGUACAGCACAAGGCAAACGGUUUCUCUUCAGAAAAGAAAGUCCAUCAGUAGAAGUGUACACCCACAGAGGAGCCUGGCAAGCAAGGGGAGUGCCUGGCUGAAGGCUCUGCCUGCUUUGCGUCUUCACCGUGGCUUGUGUCUGCCACAACCACACAUCGCCUACCCCAUGUGAGAGCCUGGUAGUGUUCGCUUGGCAUAGACAGAGGCAUGGACAGAGACUUCUGGCAGCUGAGAUCCUGACUAAGCCUGAGGAGCCAAUUAUACAAGUAAAUACGACCUCCACUUUCCUGAGAUGGGGUUUGGCCGUGUGCAACUGUCUCCAACACGCUGCUGCUGGACUGUUGGAUUUACUGAAAUGGUUCCAUGAUUUAAGCAACCCAGUUUUUGGUGUAGGGGUGUGGCCUGUUGUAUACACUUCUGAAAGAAAACUGCCUGCAGUUCUAUAUGUUGAACUUUGUUUCCUUUUUCCCUAGGAGCUCAGCUCUUCUGCCAGUUUGACUAGAAACUAUGUUCAUCUUUGUUGGCUGAAUGAAGCUACAAUAGGAUUGAAGAAAUAUAUAUAUUGAAAUUAAAUGAGUGAUUCAAUCUUAAUAAAAUAGUAAACUUGAAACUAUGUUUUAGACAGGUUUGUUUAAAAUGAUGAAAAACUGUAGAUCAAUUUCAUUUUCAGAUGAAACAGGCUAUGAAAGAUAAAGUCCUAAUGGAAAGGGGAUCUCUGUGCUGUGUCUUUAUGUAGUUAGAGAAAUAGUGCAGAGAUAUAUAUAUAUAUGUGUGUAUGUAUACACACAAACAUAGAUAGAGGUAUGAAGUCCACUGAAAAAUGUAUACACAUGUCAGGAAAAGAAAAACUUCUGAAAAUACCUUAAUACUAAAAUUAUUGAGACAUCCUGAGAUACUACAACUUAUCUUUAGCCUCUACAAUUACAAGAGAUGUCAAAGUUAUGGCCAUUAGACAUUGCAGACAUUUAUUAGUACAGUAAACUGUUGCCUGGAUAACCUUGGCCACUGACACUGCUGAACGUGCAUUUUCAAUUUUUUUUCUAUGGGCUGGAAGUGUCCUCUAAGGUUCCCCACACAACGGUAGCACCAUCUGCUGAUAAAUACAUUGUACUAUUUUUCUUUUCCUGAAGUGUGUGGUACAUUCUCUAUGUGUGUGUCUCUCUCUCUUUCUCUCUCUGUUUCUCUCUCUCUGUCUCUGUCUGUCUCUCUCUCUCUCUAAAGAAGAGAUUGACUCCUGGUUAAAUUUGUGCUUUUCCUUCCUUUGGAUUUGAACAAUUAUUAGUGAAAAGUGUUAUUCUGAUAGAGUGACAUGACAGUAUCUAAAGAUGCAGCAAAUUUAAAUGUAUCAUCCAUCCAUUUAGCAAGUUUUCUUCUAGCACCAAUUUGAGCUCCUCUCUGGAUAAGUAUGUAAUAGAAGUUUGAGAUCACAAAAUAUCUCUAUUUUUGGAAAUGCUUAGAUAAAACCAGGAGCAUCCACUGCAUAUGCAAUAAAAUAAAACUAUCCAGAAACA